UCUUUGCAACGCUCAGACACUGUCACCAUGAAGCUCCUGUCACUGUUUCUGGUCGUGAUGGUGACCCUGUCUGGCCUGAUCGGCUGGGCCAGCGCUAUGCCUGACCCCGACCCAGAGGCUGACCCUGCUGGCUUCGGCAGGUUUCACGGCGGAGGUAGUGGUCAUGGCUUCCACAGGGGACACGGUCAUGGUGAUGGAAGGGUUCAUGGCCAAGGCUUUGGCAGGGCUCACAGUCGUGGCUUCGGUGCUCGCCAUGGCCAAGGCAUCUACGGUUAAUGAAAAGAACGCCAGAUUUCUAACAUUCAACCCACUUGUAUACCAGAGGAGAUGCAAUGCAUUACCAUACUGUAAGAUGGAAUUCAUCACUUCGGUUUAGGAAUAAACUACAA